AUUGAUUUGUGUAAAUGGAUAAGAUUGAAUGACUUGCAGUGUGUAUAUCCAAAUGUAGACAUUGCACUUCGGAUGUACACUUGUACUCCUGCUGCAAACUGUUCGGCCAAGCGAUCUUUUUCUUGUUUAAAGCGCGUUAAAAACUAUUUGCGUUUGACAAUUUCCGAAGAAAGGUUAAAUUAUCUUGCAAUUCUAUGCAUCGAAAAAACAAUUUUGCAAGAUUUAGACAUUAAUUUCGUUAUUGAUGAAUUUUCGCGUAGGAAGGCACGUCGUAAAGUUUUGAAAUAA